AGGAACAGGACGAUUGGAAGUUGAAUCUUGUUCCUAGGGAUGAGCGGAACAAUGAAACCGGAGGAUGAGAAGAGGAUGAUCCGGAGAGGAAUAACUCAGCCUCACGAUAAACUGAUUUCUAUCCACGGACCAGUGUCCACCAAACCUCCGAGGAAAGGGGGUACACAAUUUCUUAGCCUCAGAGGUUAUAGUUAUCACUAUUUAUAGAAUAUGUCUACAAAAUCGGAGAAAAUAUGACAGUUACAAAAACAUAAGUGCAUAACAUAUUGUUAUUUUAUGAAUAAUUUAGAUCUUUUAAAAUCUUUCAAACUUUUCCGUAUCGACAGAUUUUAAGCAAUUUUCUCCAAUAAACUCAUCAGUGAAGUUUUUAAUCAUGUAUUCAGAAAGAUAAAGUUUUACAAAGUGCCGAGUGUCGAGGGGAAAAUGGAUCUAUUAAAUAGAAUCUGGAUCAGUGAAUUUACAAGGCGCAAGAAUGAUUAAGAAAAUGCCGCGCACUUUUUUUAACCCAGUUAGAAUUCUAGUCGUCUUCAUCUUUCUCCACUUUUACGGAAUCUCUGUUAAAACAGCAAUUAAAGAUGAUGGCAUGAGAGGUUUUCAUCCCAACGAUAUCCUCGGGUUGCCGCCUAAACCUACGAAACCUGUUUUCCUGGCGGAGCCCCAGGAUGGGUAUAUUGUAAAAUCCAGAUCAGCUGUUCUCAAUUGUACUGUUAUACACGGCAACAAGGCGUACUUCAGCUGUAACGGAGAGGCCUUAGCAAAAUCUGUUAAACAUUCAGAACAGGAUCUUGUGGAUGCAGAUACAGGAGAAAUCAUCAGAAUUCUCACCAUAGAGAUAACAAGAGAACAG